AUGGUCGCAGACCUCAGCCAGUCCACACCUUCUCCAGAAGAGGCAACCCAGCCUAGUGAAUCCCCUCUCCUGAGCUGUACGAGCAACAGCUGGGAAGCAGGACACGAUCAGACAGAUCCUGGGCCAGGAUUCCUCUCCACUAUGGAAUAUGUGGCAGCCCCAGGCCCCAGGUCAGGUGCCCCACUUCAAGUCACAGAGAACGUUGUUCCAGGAACUGAGGAUUGGCUGCCAAGAGUUUCUGGACAGCCCACCUGGGCUACCGGCCUGGAGGGAGCGUAUCAGACAGAUCCAGAGCCGAGUGAGAAGCAGCGGUUGCAGAUUUCCAAGGAGCUAGUUGACCUUCAGAUUGCAACCCAUCACCUUCGUGAACAGCAUGAAGCUGAAGUCUUCGAGCUGAAGAGGGAAGUUCUUAGACUAGAAAGUCGGGUGCUGGAGCUAGAACUGCAUGGAAAUGGUGACUGCGGGGGACAUGGAGUCCAAUCAGCAGCCAGUCCGGGGCUACACAAGGUACCACCACAAGAGCCAGCUUUUGUUCACCAGCAGAAGCUGCAGGAAGAGUUGAACUGGGUCCUGGAGCAUCACAGAGUCAGACAGCAGGCACUGGAGACACGAGUGGCAGUCCUAGGCAGGCAGUUGCAGAGAGCCCAAGAGGAAGCCAGGGCAGCUGGUCAGCGGCUGGCUGCCCAAGCAAUGGUGCUGUCGACCUGUCAGGAUCAGCUCCGGCAGACAGAAGCCGACAAUGCUCGGCUGCAGUUGCAGCUGAAGAAGUUGAAUGAAGAGUAUGCUGUCCGGCUGCAGCGCUACGCCAAAGAGACAGUGGAGACCGCCAACAGUACAGGUCAGGCAGCCCUUCAGACGUUCCUGGAGGCCACUCUGCAGGACAUUCGGGCCGCACACCGGAGCCGAGAACAACAGCUGGCCCAAGCAGCCCGGACCUACCGCAAGCGCCUGGUGGAUCUGAGCCGGAGGCAGGAGCUGCUGCUAUCCACUUGCAGGGCUACUUUUGCAACAGCCAUCGACCUGGAGCCAUCAUCCAUGCAUUGGGCCACUGAACUCAGCCACCAAAGGGAGGAUGAGUAUGGCCGAUAUGGGACACUGCUACUGUGCCCCGAGAAAGAACCUGGUGCAACUACCAAGGAAGGCAGGUCACAGCCACUGGCCCACAAUACUACAUCCUGGUCCCAAAUCCAGCAGAAGUUGCAGGACUUCUCCCAGGACACCCAGGUAGAGCUAGAACGAGAGCGGGCAAAGCUGAUGGUCCGGGCCACCAUGGCAGAACAGCAGCUUUCUGAGCUACAGGAGUAUGUGGACCAGCACCUGGGCAGGUACAAGCAGGAAAUCCAGAGACUAAGGAAGCUGGUGAAGACAGGAGAUCCCCAGGGAGUAGAAGCUAUGCCUUCCUCUAGGCCCCGGUGCCCAAGGACCCGGAGUCACUAGCUAGCUAGUCUCCCAGAGGCAGCACAAAUCAAACCUCUUCACAGUCAGCAUGGAAUCUGCUGCACACCCUAUCCCAUGGAGUGAUAAGUCAGGAUUGAACCCACAGUCUUUAUUGUAUCCAGUCAACCAGCCUGUCAAACUGAAGUCCUAGGGAGGGAGGUAGAACUGGACUCUGGGAUGGCCUUGCUGGGCACCCCACAAGAAGACACAGCUGGCCCAGCACCAUGGACAUCAUAGGCCCAGACUCUGUCCACGCCCUCACCCACCACAGCUACAGGCUGCCAGGUGGGAAGGGGGAAACGUCCAGAUACCACACGGGCCCCUGCAGGUAGCUCUUUUUGCAGCUUACCCUCCAACAGUGGGAGCUGUAAGAAAGAACAGGAGGGAGGAGGGUACAGGAGUGGGUAAGAAAAAGCUGCCCCAUCCAUGUAGGCCCAGAACCUAUUCCAGGCAUCAGAGGAGCCAAGAGCCAAGAGCUUAGCCCUGACCUCCCAGCAGGGCAGCAGACCCAAGACCUACCACACUGGGGGCCAGGAACACAGACACAUUGUGACAGUCUCUGAGGCUCACCUGUGGGAAACAAAGAUAGAAGCUGGAAGGCAUGGGGUCACUGAGUUCUGGCCUCCAGCCCACCCAGGUAUCAGUAUGGUAGCACUCAGAGCAUGAAACCUGGGAGAUAAAGGUAUCGGAGCUAGAAAUGUGACUUAGUCAGUAAAGUGCUUGUCUAGCAUAUACAAAGCCCUGGAUAAACUAGGUCUGAUGGUGCAGGCCUGUAAUUCUAGCACUCAAGAGGUAGA